UAUGGCCUGCGGUUAAAAAACAGCAACCAGUCUCUCACAUGCAAUCUGCAGUAAAAUCGUGCAAGGAAGAAAUGUUGUGAUUUUUAGUUGUGGGUAAUUCUUUGUUUUUGUGUCGAAAUGUCCAAAGACAGAGGAUAUCAAAUGCUAGAAAUAGUAAUACAAAAGAGGAAGACUGUGAUCAGAUCUUAAGAUCCUAACCAAAAAAUUGGGGAGUGUUAUUUUUAACCGAGUCCCGACGUUGCCACGUGAUCCACACAGUCGCUUAGUGACCAGUGAGGAACGUAAGCCGGAGCACGAUGGGGAACUGCAUGGAGUGCAAGUCCCAUGAGGGGGCGGAGAAAAAGACCAGGCGGACCAACAACGUCCAGCGGCCUGCUGCACAGCACAACGACACCAGCUACAAGGCCGUCAACAAAAAGGAUAGCCUCAAGCUGGAGGACAACGAAUCCUUUCCAAAUCUGCAGCACAUAAGCGACAGGGAGCAGUUAGGUGAAGAGGACACAGAGGACCCUUCCCUACACCCAAGACCAAUUACUCUAUUCAUGACCAAGUCCCAAACAUUAGAAGUAGUUCGGGAAAGACGGAAGCAGAACCAACUGCAGUUUCUAAAUGAGCAGGCAGCUCAUCACAGACGUAGCAGGCUACUGACCAAGUCUAGCUCCUGCUCAACGAUAUACAUCGAUGAUAGCACCGUCACGCAACCGAACCUCAAAGCCACCAUUAAAUAUGUCGCGCUUGCAAUCUACUACCACAUCAAGAACAGGGAAUCAGACAGACAGAUGGAUAUAUUUGAUGAGAAGCUACAUCAGCUUACGAAAGAUCCUGUGCCAGACGACUACUUCAAAACCAACCCAGAACACAAGCACAUCUACAGAUUUAUCCGCAUGCUGUUCAACGCGGCACAGCUGACUGCAGAGUGUGCUAUUGUCACAUUAGUCUAUCUAGAGAGAUUAUUAACCUACGCUGAGAUUGACAUCACCCCAGCCAACUGGAAGCGAAUGGUCCUAGGUGCCAUACUCCUAGCGUCCAAGGUGUGGGACGACCAGGCCGUCUGGAACGUAGACUACUGCCAGAUCAUGAAAGACCUCACUGUUGAUGAUAUGAAUGAGCUUGAGAGACAGUUCUUGGAGAUGUUGCAGUUCAACAUCAACGUUCCCUCCAGCGUCUACGCUAAGUACUAUUUUGACCUCCGUGCCCUGGCUGAUGCCUAUGAAAUCUCCUUCCCUUCCUCACCGCUCAGCAGAGAAAGAGCCCAAACAUUGGAGGCCAUCACAAGGCUUUGCGAGGAGAAGACGCGAGACCAAACCUACCAGGAGCUGAAGCGUUCCUCCAGCGUGGACGGCAUUCACUUAGGCCCCAAAUUCACGGCGGCUAUCAUCUCAUGACACCUGCCUCCUAGAAUCUCACCCGUCUGGGUUCGAACCAGGGACAUAUCAAAGUGCAAGUAUCUGAACAAAAACAUCAAGUGUUGUUUUUGUUUAACCAGUUAAAAAGUGUUGCAGAGCCCUUUUGCUGUGUUGAAGGCAACGAGGGAAGUAUAAACACGUCGAUGUAAUAUUUAUCUUGCCAGGUCGAUGUUGAAUCGAACCGGGGACAAAUGUAUGCAAGUUAAGAUGCUUGCGAUGGAUUGGGAGAUUUGGCGCCGCUCCGCUUCUGAACCCAACUAUUUUCUUGCCAGUAAACCCUCAUGUGUUUACACAUUCUCACUUCCCUUGUAUACGUCAAGGACGUCAAAUCGUGUCAAGUGGAGCACUGUUCCCUCAUGGAUGACUGAGUCCCAGGCCGAUGUCAUCAAACUGCUAAGGAUGCCAGUUCAAUGUUCUAGGUGGUUGUACUUUAGCUGCUUCCAGCUGGGCAGGAACUUCUGCUUCAAUAGCACAGGCAUAUUGGGGAUCAUCUCUUAUUAGUGCCCCGUUUAAGGUCUGGUCACAAGUCCUUUGUAGUUACCAAUUUUCAUGUUAGUCAGCUGUUCGGUGGGACAACCUGUGAAUGGAGUCAUUAUUAUUAUUACUUUCUGGUACUGAAACCAAGGAUUCCUCAAAAGCGCCCUUGGCGCUGUCGCUCAUAAGCCUUAAGAAACCUGUAGAGAGAAGACAAUGAGAAGAAGUGACAGUUUUAUAGAGGUGGGAGGAAAAGCCCAGAAGAAUAUUCUGGGGAAAACUCACGGAGUCAGGCAGGGACUGAAAACCCAAUCCAC